AUGGAAUCGAAUAAUCAAAAAGGUCGAAUACUUUUAGCUAUCGAAGCUAUCAAUAAAGAGCAAAAAUUAAGUAUUCGAAAGAUUGCUAAACUAUAUAAUAUCCCGCGUAUAAAGAUUCAGCGCAGAAUGGACAGUACUACCCCUCGUAUCGAAUCUCGAGCAAAUAGUUAUAAUUUGAUCAAAUUAGAAGAGGAAGUGCUUAUCCAAUAUAUAAUCGAUAUAGAUAAAAGAGGAGCUCUUUGCAAAGAUCCCAAGUUUAUUGAAGAGUGGUUUGGAUUGGUAUCGAAUAUACAGGCGAAAUAUGAUAUUGUCGAUUCCGAUUUCUACAAUUUCGACGAAAUCGGCUUCAUAAUAGGCACGAAAGCUAUGAAUCAAUACCUUUUCAAUCAUAUUGCAAAUCAAAUGAUAUUAUGUAUCUCAAAUUACUAUCAUAUUCAAGUCAUUUAA